ACAGGGAAAUGGCUUUUCUUUGUGUCACAAGAAACAUGUUAUCGGUUCUUCCUCUUCUCGUUCUCAUAUCAAUGACCCCUUUCUCUUCAUCUUAUACUCCGAGUGACAAAGUCACAAAAGAAUUAGUCGUCCAACUCUGCUCAAAACCGGCCGUUUAUAAAAACUUCUGCAUCGCUUGGCUAAACUCUGACCCAAAAACAGUCACGCUUGACUUACACGGUCUUCUCGGUAUGGUCAUGAAAAAAACCAUAGGGUUUGGGUACAAGACCAUAAGGAUGACACAAGGCUUAGUGAACACCACAACUGAUCCAAAUCUGAAGAUGAUAUAUGGGUCUUGCUUGACAGAUUAUGAACAAUCCACUAAAGGGAUCGAUGUAGCAAAAGGGUUUGCCAGCUCCAAAGACUACUUCUCAGCAUUUAUGGCGGCUUUUAGAGCGCAGAAUAGUAUAUCUGAUUGUGAAACCUUGAUUGAAGCACAGCCAAUACCUGCUUAUUUUUCGCGUCGCGUUAUAUUGUUUGAAAGAAUGUGUAGCAUUGGUAUGUUUUUCUCCACCAUUUUAUACAAAGGCAAAUAG